AUGGCACUGGUUAUGGAGCCCGUGAGCAAGUGGAGCUCCAGUCAAGUGGUUGACUGGAUGAAAGGCCUGGACGACUGCCUGCAGCAGUACAUCAAGACCUUCGAGAGGGAGAAAGUAGGGGGGGACCAGCUGCUGCGUAUCACCCACCAGGAGCUGGAGGAUUUGGGAGUGUCCAGAAUCGGCCACCAGGAGCUCAUACUGGAGGCUGUGGACUUACUCUGUGCUCUGAAUUACGGGCUGGAGACUGAGAAUCUGAAGACUCUUUCUCAUAAGCUCAAUGCAUCUGCCAAGAACCUACAGAACUUCAUCACAGGCAGGCGGCGCAGCGGCCAUUACGAUGGCCGAGCCACCCGCAAGCUGCCCAAUGAUUUUCUUACCUCUGUGGUGGACCUGAUCGCUGCUGCCAAAAGCCUUCUGGCGUGGCUGGACAGGUCUCCAUUUGCUGCAGUGGCAGAUUACUCCGUGACGAGAAACAGCGUGAUCCAGCUGUGUCUGGAGCUCACUACAAUUGUACAGCAGGACUGCUCUGUGUACGAAACAGAAAACAAAAUCCUGCAUGUGUGUAAAACUCUCUCUGGAGUGUGUGACCACAUUAUCUCUCUGUCCUCGGAUCCCAUGGUGUCCCAGGCUGCACAUUUGGAGGUUGUGCAACUAGCCAACAUAAAAUCCACUGAAGGACUGGGCAUGUAUAUCAAAUCAACAUAUGACGGUUUGCAUGUAAUCACUGGGACAACAGAAGGAUCCCUGGCUGACCGCUGUAAGAAAAUCCAUGCUGGAGACGAAGUCAUUCAGGUCAAUCUUCAGACAGUGCCAAUCUUCCCUCAGAGCCCCACCAGCAGUGUCGCCACGCCCACCAGCACUUUAAGUACGCCAUCUAGGAGGAGUAGCUGUGCCCUGCAGGACCUCUACAUCCCCCCUCCUCCACCAGAACCCUACACCCCCAGAGAUGACAAGGGAAGUCUGCCGGGUGACGAUCCUCAAGCGGACGUCCAUGUCGCCGAGGGAUCCGAGUCACCAAACUCCUACCUGGACCAGGAGUGUCGGGGGCGAUUUCCUCUGGUGGAGGAAGAUUCUAUACUGUACUGUUACGAGUAUGACCAGAACCAAGAGGUGUCCUCAGUCCGCAGGGGGAGCACUCCCACCUAUGGCAGGCUCAGGCCCAUCUCAAUGCCGGUGGAAUACAACUGGGUGGGAGACAACGAAGACCUGGCCAAGCUGAAGAGAGAGAGCAGGAGAGAGAAUUCCCUGCUGCGCUUUGCGAGUGAAGAUAAAGCCCCGGGGGAGGACUUCCUGCUAGGACGCAGCCUGAGUCAGAACAGGAGGAAAACUGAGCGAGGAGGCAGCCCCACUCAUUACACACUCGUCCCCGCCCUCCAGAUGGAAGUCUCCCUGUCCACAUCCAGCUCUGACUCUGCCUCCCUGUACCAUGUGUUUGAACGAUCCUCACUGCUGUCAAGGUCAAAGAAGAAGAGCAAAGGUAAGAGCAUUUCUGGAAGUCCCAUGUCUUCAAUCAGCAAGCGGCGGAUUUCCUGCAGGGACUUGGGUCAGGGGGACUGUGAGGGCUGGCUGUGGAAAAAGAAGGAUGCUAAAACCUAUUUCUCACAGAAGUGGAAGAAGUACUGGUUCAUCCUGAAAGACACGUGCCUCUAUUGGUACAUGAAUGAGGAGGAUGAGAAGGCUGAGGGCUUUGUCAGCCUCCCAGAGUUCAAGAUUGAUCGUGCCACUGAAUGCAGAAGGAAGUUUGCUUUCAAGGCUUGCCAUCCGAAGAUAAAGACCUUCUACUUUGCCGCGGAAAAUGUAGACGACAUGUCCCGGUGGCUGAGUCGUCUCAGCAUGGCAGUGGCAGGCUACUCUGAGCAGGAGAAAAUUCGCCGGGACCAAGAUUACUGGAGUGAGAGCGAUCAUGAGGACAUGGAGAUGCCCCCGAGGCCCAAACAAGACAGUCCACCACCACCUUAUGACACCUUUCCCAGAGCGUCCUCCGUGAGUCUGUCAGUGAGUCCCUACCUGGAACCGAAACGUGGCCAUCUCUCCUCCUCCGACACAUUCCAGUCCCGCUCCUCUCAUGAGGAGUUCCACUCUGAGCCUCAGGACGGCAGCAGCAGCAACAACGGCGUCUCCCCCGGGCAAAAGACGAGCAGCCACCGAAAUUCAUGGCAUGAUCAGAUGGAGAGCAGCACGAGGAUGCACUAUCUCCAGACAUUUCCCGUGGAGGAGACCCUGCUGUCUGAGGACAGAGACCACCUGGCGAUGGAGUACCGGAGGCAGUCUACCCUGCCUGCACAGCGCAGCCUGCUGCAAGAACAGUACAGAGCCCUGCCUCUGCCCCUCAGGGCCAGUAUUGAGUCAGAAGGGGGAGGGAAACCACGCAGCUUCACGCUACCCAGAGACAGCGGGCUACAUGCUAUCCUGGCCGCCACCGCUGCUGAUCAGAGAGAGCCCCAGCACUACCAUCUGGACCGGGCCGGAGACACUGGCCAUGGACGGGACUGCAGGAUGCAGGCAGACUCUCUGGGAGAUUUGUACCGGGCUCUGGAGCAGACCAGUCUGUCCACCUCAGCUGAUCACAGAUCAGCCAGCCGCCUGGAGUACAAGCGCUCAUUUGUCCGCCGAGUGAAUGACCCGCUGCUCAAUGACAAGCUUCAUCGUCUCCGGAUCCUCCAUAGUUCACUUAAGAAUGUCCCUUUUCAAGACACAAACCGGUCAUUGGGUUUUUUAGGGUGAAGAUUGGUGUGUUGAUUAAAUCUCAAACGUAUUGCCUAUGCCUGUGCUUCACACAGCCGGCAUCCCUCUGCUAGAGAUAAAAGGCACCAAAAACCUUCUUUUACCUGCUCAGCUCUACACCUUCUUCCCUGCUGCUGCUCCUUCAACCUCGCUCACCGUCCAGGAGCACAAAGACUUGGUGUCCGUUCCCGUCCAGUCUCUCUCUUUACAAGAUGAGGGUUGUUACAAAUGGUGAAUAAAGAUGCUUGGCUUAUAUAAUAACUCGUAGACUCACAGGGUUUACGACAUGUAAGCACUUUGCAUCUGUGUCCAAAACUUGUCAGAGAGCUUUGUAGUUCAUCGCUCACAUGCAUGGCCACCUCCCCUUGCUUCUGUUUAAUCGUUUUGAACAUUACCACUGGAGUUGUGUACAGCCGCUCAGUAAGGAUGACUGAGGCAUUAAAAGCAAAGCUAUUUUGGAUGUACACAACAUUUUAUUAUGCAUGUGUGUAUGAUUAAAGGGUAUGUUUG